GGCCCCACCCGAACACUCUUCUCGUAGCAAGUAUUGAGUAGUUCGUACGAGUAAACUGUACGGUAACACAGUAGCCAAACGCCGCAUCCUUGCCAAUCAUCGACAAGAAUCAAGCGGGAGAAGUAACGCGUGAGUCAUAAACAAUAACAACAGCAGCAACAAUAUUUACAUUUCUACUCUGUAAUACAAUAUCCUAUAACUUUAAUUUGAUAUUGUACGUUGUUCCAACGCCAUGAAGAGCACCAAAUCGGAGCAMGAGGUAUCCGUGGUGGACGCAACUUCGGAAGGCUACCGCGUCGUCGUCGAAUCAAAACCCACCUCGACCAAGCAUCUCCAUGACAAUGAUAACGCAAGCUGUAUAGUCCGUCGCGUCGUUGGCACGUAUGUCACCAAGGCCGAUGCCAUCCAGGCGGCAAAAAGAGAGCGUUCRCUGCAUCAAGUAUUUGACGGUUGGGCGGAGGAAUACUACGGCACCAAAGCACCUCCAUACAGCACGGAGCAAUGCGAGGACUCAAAACGAAUGGCGAAGGAGGAGGAGGAUUAUUGCAUUUUCAUCGAGGAUGCCGUUUCAAUCAACAAAUCAAAGAAAGAUAUCCCAAAGAGAAAAAUGCAGCCGUCACCGACAGCGCCCAGGAGUAACAAAAAGKUCAAAACUGAAGCAACGGCAUCKAAGACUAACAAGAGGAAAACAACGAUGCCACUAACGUAUCCCAUUGGCACAAAAUUAAGCAAAUCUUUUGAUGGGGUCUUUUAUAACGGAGAGGUCGUUUCCUACGAUCCUGAAUCGGAAUUUUAUAAAAUAGAAUAUGAGGAUGGCGACGAGGAGGAAAUGGACCAUGAGGAUGUCAAACGCUGCGUAGAAAACAAGAUGACGUAUCCUAUUGGAACGAAAAUAUCGAAGAAGUUUCAAGGAGUUUUUUACAGCGGAAAKGUCACAUCGUACAAUGCUGCGACCACAUAUUAUAAAAUAACGUACGAAGAUGGCGACCAAGAGGACAUGGAAGACAAACAGAUUAAGAGGUAUCUCGUGUCGUCGCAGCCACCCAAACCCCCAAAGAUAAGGAAUUUUGGAGCCGUGAAACUCUCCAUGAAAGCCAUGAAAGACAACAUUGACAAGAAUCGCUUUGCUCGCAAUCCUUGCCGCAUUAUCGGAGGAGAACAGAAUCCAGCCGAGGACUAUGCUAACACGGGUCGAGGAGAACCAUUGAAGUCCUAUUAUUAUCUCAUUCAACGCUUGUCGGAUCGCAACUAUGCCAUGAGAGGACUAUGCAUCGAUGGUGAUGGUGUUCGAUAUUCCAGCUAUCGAAGAGCCGAUCUCACGUUCCCGGCCGUGGUGUUUUUACCUGAAACAAAUCUUAACAAUCAUGCUAACGACCCGACUAUUGUUGACGCUUGCCAUUUGGACAUGAUCCAUCCUAAAACCGGAGGAUCCCUUAUUACGGGACCCAACCUGCUUGAGGCCGUCACACCAGAAACAGAGUGCAUAUUUCUCAAUGGAUUUCAAAACGGAGGUCCUUCUAAGAGGGAUAAGCAGAGUGUGGAUCCAAAUUUUAUUGUCAAAUCGAUCGAAGUUUGCAAGGACAGUCUGAAAUGUUUUUCUCUGACUGAAUGCAUUGUGAGCAACGAAAUUUUGAACGCCCUUGCAUCGUGCAAAAAUCUGCGAGGCCUCACCCUUUAUUCAACACAAWCCUGCGAUGCUAGCCCCACMACAACCGUAGCCAACKACAGAGGCUUUCAUGCGAUAAUCAAGGCAUGCACCGACCUGCGCUGGCUGCUCGUCGUAGAUUGCAAUUUUUUUSAGGGGGCUAGUUGGAAGGCACUUGAUAGCCCGACUGCUUGUCCCAAACUCGAAGUUCUUUGGGUGAGUCAACCAAAAGACGCCAAGGCAUUUCUCAACGAGAGUAGUGACGCGCAGGAUAUAAUCCCGAAGGCGUUAGCAGGUCGAGCUUCCAUUCUGAAGAUUUGCAUGAUCUACUUCGAUACCGAUCUGAAGUCUCGAUAUACCCCCAGUGAUACAGCCAAAACGACAGAUCAAUCUGAAGGAGAUACGGAGUCGAGUUGACGAUGUGAAAGGGGGAAAGAACUGGGAAAUUGAAUUAAAAACACUCGAGAUUGCUUGUAAUUAAACCCUAAAGUCGACGUGACGGUGGAAUGAUUGUGAUGCUCUUUUUAGUCACGGUUCAGACUUCAUUCACUUCACGCGUCUAGUUUUUGACUUUUUACAAAUGAUAACUUACUCGGUUUGCAAGUAUGUGAUUCACAAUUCACCUUGUCCACUUUUGGAGAUUAGAAUAGUGAAUAGUACUAUGAACAUCUAAAUUAUCGCUGUAUCCAUCCAUUCACAUCGGAUGAGUCAGGGGAAAUAUAUUCAGGACUUGUGA